CAUCAUUUGCGGCACGAGCAGCAUUUGCGCGCCGAGCUGGCGGGCAACGAGAACAGGCAACCGCCGCCGCCGGCCUCAGUCAGGCAGCCAAAGACCAUGCAGCUGGAGCUGGAGCAGCUGGCCAUGAUGGGGCACGGUCCGGGCGAGCAGCAUCAUUUGCGCCAUCAUAAUCGCCAUCAUGCCGCCUGGGAGCAGCGCGUCUUCCCCGAGCUGCAUCAGCGCCAGCAUCGCCUGGGCCUGGCGACGAGCGGCUCCACAGCUGCGCCAGCUGCUGCUUCCUUGGUGACGGAUGCCCCACUGCCUCAUGUGGCAGGCAAUGGGAAUGUCUCGACGCGCUACUUUGAUCGCGAUGGCAUCUACCCGGCCUGGACGCAGCCAAGAUCGACGCGUGCGCCCAACUGGCAGCAGCAGGUUGACGAUGACAGCGAGCUCGACGAGGACGAGGAUGACGACGAUGAUGAGGAUGAUGAGGAUGAGGAUGAGGAAGAGGAUUAUAGGGAUGAUGAGCCCGUGGCGGAUGACAGCUUUGCCGCCGAGCUGGCCAAGCAAAUGCCGCGCUACUCGUUCUUCAGCCAAAAGCUGCCCCAGAUUAGCUCCAUGGAGCAGGAAUACGAUGCCUACGAUCAGUCGGAGCCGGCGCUAACCAACAACAGGCAUCCCAAUGUGGCCGCCAGCCACACGAAGGCCGCCGCCAAGCGCAACAUAUUCGAUUGGCUCUUCAAGCCGAAGACCACAACGGCCAAGCCGCAAGUGGAGAGCCACGCCGAGGAGGAGGAGGAGGAGGCCUUCUCCAACGAGCAGUGGAACAAGAUCGAGCACGAGCAUCAUCUGAAGCAGCAGCAGCACCAGAAGGAGCUCCAAGCACUGCGCGACAGCAACAAAAACAGAAACCGAAACAGAAACCGAAACCGAAACGCGCCGCUGAUAAGAGCCCGAGGCGGCAUUGAUAAUGAGGUAAGCGCAGCUGGGAAGUCAUUAGAAGACACCGAUGGGCAUGAUGCGGACAACAAUUACUCACGUAAUCACAUUGCCGGAACCCUGACGGCCCACAAGCAAAAGAAGCUGGGCACGCCCGAGGCUGUGCUCAACACACAGCGCCAGCUGGCCGAGGACAAGGCCAAGGCAAAGGCACACAUGGACGAGGUGAGAGACGAGAAUGUGUGCCGCGUGCCGCAGCGACGUUGCCUGCGCGUCGAGCGGGAGACCUCGAAGAGCUACUCGCCGCACUGCACCAGCGUCUAUCGCUGUGCCGAGGACAGCGGCUGCUGUCCCCAGCGCAACCAGAUCUGUGCCCCGAAAUUCACCCAGAAAUUCGAGAAGCAUUUCAAUGUCAUGAACCACCUGGACAGACGCAUCAGCGUCGAGAUGUUGACCCUUGUGAACCACACCGAAUGCCAUUGCGUGGAGCGCGGCAAGGACUUUGCGGAGGGGCACACAGCCAGCGGCGGCGGUGUCGCAGGGCUGCAGACUGAGCUGCUGACCAUGCCCAGUUUCGAGUGUCCAGCCCUGUUCGAGAAGAUACUCGGCAAAGACGGCAAAUGGCGCUGCGACUGCUCCUCGAGCAACGAUCAUUGCAGUCUAUUCAAGAGCGGCAGCGAGCACUUCUCCCUCAACGAUCGCAAGCGCAUUCGACAGGGACUCUACAAGACGCCCACCUGCCAGUACGGGCUGUACAUUCAGAAGCACGGACGCUGCCCCACACAGCACGAGCAGCUGCCCAGCUACAAUGCGCUGGGCAUGUCGUAAAUGCUUUCAAUGGAACCGAAACCGAAACCGAAAACGGAACCGAAAACGGAACCGGAACCGGAACAUAAGUAUUAGUAUAAGAUCUGUUAUACCAGGCGUUAAGUGCAGGCUGGCGAAAUCGACCUUUUGAACCAACCGAAACCGAAACCAAAGCGAGUCUUAAGUUCGACUUCGAAGCGCUGCCUGGCGAAAAGAAAGUGAAUUUAGUUGCAUAUCCUAUACAGAACGAGAACAUAUAUACGCUGAUCGAAAUUAGCUCUUUUACGACACAUUUUUUGCCCCUAAUUCAAAGCAAAAUCAUCUUAAAUAGCUGUAUAAAUAUAUUUAAAAAAAAACGAAAAA